AUGUGUGAAUAUCUUGUUUAUUACUUCACACUAUACAAUUGUAAUUGGCCCGACCCAUUCACUGCUAGUGUGAAAAACAUACAAAAUCCCGACACUGCGGUUGUCAAUUUAAUGGUACUUGCAGACACACAUCUCGUCGGAUACGUUCUAGGUCACCCCAUCGACCGCAUUAGAAGGGAUUGGCAAAUGAAGCGUGCUUUCCAAGCUUCCUUAUAUUUACAUAAUCCUAAUGCCGUUAUAAUAUUAGGAGAUAUUUUGGAUGAAGGGAAAUGGGCUACAAAUGAUGAUUUCAGCCAUUUGGUGAGAAGAUUUCGCGAUAUUUUUCAUCAUGAUAAAACGAAAACAUUAGUUAAAACCGUUGUUGGCAAUCAUGAUAUUGGAUUUCAUUAUGCCACUAAUGAGUUUUUGAAUAAUCGAUUUCACCGGGAUGUUGGAGACAAUAUUUAUACACCGCCUAUUUAUCUGUGGUCCUUCUUUGGCAUCCAUUUCGUUAUUGCAAACAGUAUCGCUUUUGAAGGUGACAAUUGUGAUUUAUGUUUUGAAGCCAAUUUCAUAUUGAAAUCGAUUGCGAGAUAUCUUGAUUGUUUGAAGAUGUCUACUCCAUCUAAUACCAAGAGUUGUUAUUCCAAGGAACUUGGUAUGGGCCUUUCUGACAAAUUGCCAUACAUUGAUGUUGACCUUAAUGAUCCAUCUUCUUUCGUCUAUUCACGUCCGGUUAUUUUACAACAUUUCCCCCUAUAUCGCACUUCUGAUAGUGGAUGCUCUACAAAACCAAUGGAUGCUAUGCCUAAACACUUGAGAAAAACUGUAAACAGACCGAAACUUGAUUGUCUUUCAAAAGAGGCAACAAAACAAUUACUGGAAUCUCUUCGUCCACGACUAAUACUAUCUGGUCAUACACAUUACUCAUGUAAAAUGUCACAUCGAUUCGGUAACCAAUCGGAUUCUGCUGUGGAAUGGUCAGUUGCUAGCUUCUCUUGGAGAAAUCUCGCAAAUCCUGGAUUUCUAAUGCUUUCAAUAUCGUCCACAAAUUAUUCAGUAAAUAAAUGUUAUCUCCCAACUGAGUUGCGUUUAUUACAAAUUUAUAUUUCCGGUGUUCUACUCAUACUUUUUGUUGUCACGUAUCAAAAGUUAAUACCAUAUUUCGUUUAA